CAUCGUGCUUGAGAUUUGCCGACCUCUGCUCCACUGCAUAAUUACUAUCAACUAUUUUUUUCUUUCUUUUCAUCUUCCUUACUUCAUAUUUUUGAAUUUUUUUUUUUUUUUUUUUUUUGCUUUUCCCUCUCUUCUUCCUCCUCUUCUUCCUCCUCCUGUAAUAACAAAGACGUGGAGGGUAAGGACGUCGGAAGAUCUCCUGAGGGUGGAGUGGGGCCUGAGCAGGGUGGGAGGCUGCCGUACCUAUUUCCUACUCCUCCACCAUCCUGGCCACGCUGCCAUCCUCCUCGCUUAUUUCUUACGAUUUCAACCAUCCUGGGACUACAGCGGCAAGUACCUCAUUGUGGGACUCACGGUGACGCAGAUGGAGGCUCUGGCGAAAACUGAAGUGGGCAGGAAGACAGAACAUCUGGUGGGUCUUGUGCAGAUGUCUGAAGGAUGGAAGAUGUACGAAAACCAGCUGUUCAGAGAGCCAGCUGUGAGGAGAGUGGACAGCUGGAGUGUCAAGGAAGGAAGGCAGGGUUCGAGGAGGGCAAUACUCUUCCCUUCCAAGCUGACCAACCUCCAAGGAACUGAGUUGAAGGUAGUGUGGUUCCAGUUCUCGCCUCACUUCAUGGUAGGUCCCAGUGGCCGAUACGGGCGAGAUUAUAAGGUGGUGAUGGCGCUUUCGGAGGCUCUUAAUUUUACCCCCGCCUUCAGGAAACCAAGUGAUGGUGUAUACUAUACUCUCUCUCUCUCUCUCUCUCUGGCAGGUCAGCUUUGGGGUCAGGCCUCCAAAAAUGGGUCAUGGUCAGGUCUGGUGGGCACUUUAGCGAGAGGAGAAGCUAACUUCGGUCUGGCGAACGUCUUUCUGGCAAACCCGGACGGCAGGAGGGAAGUUCAUGAUUUCUCGAGUUUCUAUGACUCUGACGUGGCGUGUUUCCUCGGCCGCUCUGCAGGUCCCGUUCCCCGCUGGCAAAGUUUGGCACGCCCCUUCAGCUUGCUCACAUGGGUAGCUGUCCUAGCCACUCUCGUCUUCGCUGCUAUUGCUCUCUUCAUCAUCACCCUCGUCAGCAGCGUGGAGGGCCCACAGGUUGACCACACGUUUCACAGCCUGUCCUACGUGCUAUUGUACACUUGGGGGAUUCACCUGAGGGAGCCACAAGUGGGCGCUGUGAAAGGCGCCGGGAUGAGAACAGCGGUGCUUACCGUGUGGGUGUAUGCCGUGGUGCUCACAAUAGCUUACAGUACAAAUUUGACGGCGUCUUUAACAGUGGCUAAAGUACAGCCCGCUGUGAACACCUUCAGGGGGCUGAGGCAGAGUGGGCAGAGAGUGUUUGCCAUGGGGACUUUCUUCAGGCUGGGAAUGGCAGCCUCUGAGAACCCAGACCUUAAGGUUCUGGCAGAUCGUCUGGAGCCUUACCCUAACCUGCCGUCAGCCUUACGUCCUGUAGAGGCAGGCUACGGCGUUUUUAUACAGAGCAGAAAGUACCUUGAGUUUUUAGUGAGUGACAAAUAUUCCCCCCGUGGUGUUCCCUCCAUGAGAAUACUAAGGGAAUGCUUUGCGCCUUACAGCAUUGCCGUGUCCCUGGAGAAGAACUCGCCUCUUUGUUCCUCCUUUGACGUGGUCCUUAGAAAUGUGUUUGAAGGCGGACUAGUGCGUCGCUGGUUCGUGGAAGCUUUGAGGCUGGCCAAGCGGGAUAAGAAAGGGAAAAAAGAUGAAGAAACGAUGGAGAAAGCACAGGAGGAGGGUGGAGUGCCUUUGAGUGUGGAUCACUUACAGGGAGUAUUCCUCAUUCUAGCGCUGGUCCUCCUAGUGGUUUGUUUGGCCUUCCUGACAGAACUAUCGUGUGGCAAGAGAAACAGGAGAAAUAUUUAGUCAGAAUGUACUCAGUAGUCACCAAGUAUAUACGUCAUCACACCCCUUAUUAUCAACACAGACAACAUGGAUUUCUAAGAUAAUUUUCCUCUUCGUACAUACCAUGCCAUCCCCAUGCUCUCAGCUCUUAUCUAUCCCUUACCCGUCGGAAACUCAAAAGUAAGAUGUAUUGACAAUACGUGGAAGAGGAAAAACGGUGAAAUAAAUAGUGAAGUAUAGUUUUGAAAAAUGAGGGCCCAAUAGAUUUGCACUCCAUAUUCUAAGAAAGAAAAGGCUGGUGCUCGUGUACUAAUUGUAUGAACCAACAUCUGAACUGAAAUAUAUAUUGCAUACAAAAUA